AUGCGGGGAGCACCACGAAGUUUGGAGGAGCUGCUUUAUUUGAAGCUUAUCAACAAUGUGCGUUUCCAAUCCUUUGUGCGUAAGAUCUAUCGAAAAGUAAACAGUAUCCCAGAUCUGACCCACCAGGAGAAGAUCACAGCAUUUCAAUAUUUGUAUAAGCCCACAAGAGUUCAUAAAUUCAAAGCCUUUAAAAUCUUGUUUUGGGAUGAAAUAAGAGCCACGCUUGGUUUCAAAAGACAAGCAGAAAAAUUCUUCAAGUAG